GUUACUUUUUCUCAACAAAAAUUGGCACCAGAGCAGAGACAUCGUGUUAGAAAAAUCAAAUUCUAGUAACCAAAUUUUUAGCGUAUUUCCUCCGAAAGCAAAAGAAAAACGCACUACAAGAAGAGCACAAACAUUGGUCACUCCCACUCCCACUCCCUCUUGGGCACCGUCGCUGGCCACGAUGACGUUCUCGGAGUUCCGACCACUCGACGAGAAGUCCCUCAUCGAAUACAUCAAGUCCGUCCCCUCCCUCUCCUCCAAACUCGCCGACAACUUCGACCACUUAUCCAUCAAAGAAGUCGGAGAUGGCAACCUUAACUUCGUCUUCAUUGUUUCCAACUCCGCAGGUUCUUUUGUCAUCAAACAGGCUCUGCCGUACGUUCGUUGCAUAGGGGAAUCGUGGCCUAUGACGAAGGAGAGAGCGUAUUUUGAGUCACUGGCACUGAAAGAAGAGGGUCGUUUGAGUCCCGAACAUGUUCCUGAAGUGUAUCACUUUGACCGUACCAUGUCUUUGAUCGGUAUGCGGUACUUGGAGCCCCCACACAUAAUCCUCCGAAAAGGGUUGAUUGCUGGGAUUGAGUACCCUCUUUUGGCUGAUCACAUGGCUGAUUUCAUGGCAAAGACACUCUUCUUUACGUCUCUGCUUUUCCGUUCCACUACUGACCACAAACGAGACGUUGCCGAAUAUUGUGGGAAUGUGGAGUUAUGCAGGCUCACUGAGCAGGUCGUUUUCUCUGACCCUUAUAAAGUUUCUCAAUAUAAUCGUUGGACAUCCCCCUUUCUCGACAGUGAUGCUGAGGCUGUUCGGGAAGAUAAUCUGCUGAAGCUUGAAGUUGCUGAGCUGAAAUCCAAGUUCUGCGAGAGGGCACAAGCACUAAUACAUGGAGAUUUACACACCGGUUCUGUGAUGGUUACUCGCGAAUCAACUCAAGUUAUUGAUCCAGAAUUUGCAUUUUAUGGACCAAUGGGUUUUGAUAUUGGAGCAUUCUUGGGAAACUUGAUUUUGGCUUUCUUUGCUCAAGAUGGACAUGCUGAUCAAGCAAAUGAUCGAAAAGCCUAUAAGGAGUGGAUUCUCAAGACAAUUGAAGACAGUUGGAAUCUUUUCCACCAAAAAUUCACUUCACUUUGGGAUGAGCACAGAAAUGGUGUUGGUGAAGCAUAUCUUCCAGCAAUCUAUAACAAUCCUGAGGUUCAACUGCUUGUUCAGAAGAAAUACAUGACAGAUUUGUUUCAUGAUAGUCUUGGAUUUGGCGCAGCUAAAAUGAUAAGGAGAAUUGUCGGUGUGGCACAUGUUGAGGAUUUCGAAUCCAUUACUGAUGCUGGUAAAAGGGCAACUUGUGAACGACGAGCACUUGAUUUAGCUAAGAUGCUUCUCAAAGAAAGAAGAAAAUUUGAAGGCAUUGCUGAAAUUAUUUCAGCAAUUAGGCAAUUCUAGCCAUAACUACAAGUUUUUGCUAUAUCAAUAGUUCAAUACGUCCUUAAUGUAUCGUGUGCACUACUAGAUAAUUGUUUCCUUGUCAACAUUAUGUAUGGAAAAUUAUAUACAUUUUUCUGUUUCUUCUA